AUGGCGUCCCUGUUGAAAGAGCUGUUGUUUGAGAACAGUACCCAAGCGCCUCCUCCCUCGAAAGAUUUCCAUCAUCUCGCUGUGACAAAGACAGAGGUAAUAUGGAGGUGGUGGAAGAUUUCUCUGCGUGCCAAGUCGCAAGACCUGAGGCCUGGAGAAAUGAAACUGAGUCAUCAGGAGUUUCUAGGAAAUACCAGACUACAGCAACAAAUCGGUUUGGUGUUUGGGUCAAAGUUCCUGGACUACACAGUCGGCCUCUGUGAAGGGAGGUUUGAUUAUCUGGAGCGUUUGUCUGAUAACCUGUUGCAGCAUAUUAUUUCCUAUCUGAACUUCCACGACAUUUGCCACCUCAGCGAGACCUCACAUCGUUUCAAGAAGCUGUGUGACUCUUUGGAAUUAUGGGAGGAGGCAGUGCGGCGUUGCAAUAAUGAGAUCACACCCGAAAUACAGAGGCUGGCAAAGAAGUUCAGCUGGAAGAUGAUUUACAUCACUUUCUGUCACAAUAGAUCUUAGCAUGGCACCUGGCUAGUGAGAGUGAGGACAGCCUUAUCCCAGAGGACAUGGAGGUGCCCUUUAUGAGCUACCAUCUUUCAGACAGAGGG